CGGUUGUUCACUUCAAACGGAUCGUAGCAAAGAUGGACUCUUAAGAAAUUUUUAUAAAAAAGUAUCAGUUUCUGACUUUAUGCCCGGAUUGUGGCCUUUGUGUCUCGGUGGAAGCUAUUUUUUUAUGCGUAGAAUUGUGCUGUGAAUGAUGAUCAUCCAGGAACCCGUACAGGCUGCCAUUUGGCACUGUCUCAAUCACUAUGCUUUCCCGGAUGCUAUUUUCCUAGCAGAAAGAUUGAGUGCUGAAGUCGACACAGAAGAAACACUCUUCCUUCUUGCAACAUGUUACUAUCGCUCGGGAAAAGUCAGACAAGCUCACGCCCUUCUUUCGAAAAAGACACCGACUUCUCCACAAUGCAGGUUUCUGCUCGCAAAAUGUUGUUACGAUCUCGAGAAGUAUGCGGAUGCGGAAGCGGCGAUAAUCGGCGGAUAUUAUAAGCAAGUAAAAAGUCUAGACGAAAUAGUAACACAGUUUGGCGACGAGGCCUGCUUUUGCCUUCAAGUAAUGGCAAAGAUCUACUACAAAACGAUGAAGACGGUAAGAGCGAACGACGCGCACAGAUUAGCACUGAAACUAAAUCCAUUUCUGUGGCACUCGUUCGAGGAACUUUGCAACGUUGGGGAAAAAGUCGACCCAACGAAAGUAUUUCAAUUAGAAAAAUUGGAUAGCUUUUCAAUGUGUCAUGGUUCCAUGCCUAUUGUUAAUUAUGUAUCAGAUCCAGAUCUCGCCUUGCCGGUUAACCCCAAUACUACCACUCCUACGCCAAAUAGUAAUAACAUGUUACAUUCUACGAUAGAAGAAAGUCCACAAGUACCCUUGCAUAACAAUUGCUCAUCACCAAGGGGAAAACCGCCUCGAUAUCGGAGCAUGUUCAGCAAUUCUUUGAGUCCUCUGACCCCCAGUUUUGGAAUUUUGCCUCUCGAUUCCAAUACUCCUGAGCCUGCAGGUUUACCUAGCAUUACAACUCUCACAGAGGCAAACGAUCAGAAAAGUCUAGCGAAAAGGGUCAGUAGUUUGAGAGCACAUGUGGGGCAAUUAAUGUCGAGAAAAGAAACACCAUUGCAGCAGGGCAAGCCUGUGUUUUCGCAAUCGGGAAAUACUAGCAAUACAGUGAAUAUCGUAACGGUUACACCCACGACACCUACACCGGCUCCACCGACUCACCAGGGCCCCAACGUCAGAAGAUCCUCGAGGCUCUUCAGUCAUAGUUAUUCAGUAAAAGAAAAUAAUAAAUCUCCAAAUCGGAAUAAGUUCACAACCCCAAAGUCACCAUCCCGAAAGUCGAAAGCAAGACUGGCGAAAACUAAUCUAAACAAGACGAAUUUCAAUGAAUUGAAUGAAAGGAAUAAAAGCGAAAAAGAGAAGAGCGAGAUCCUUGCUUCGGAAAAAAUGACGGCCAAUACGAAUGCUCUGAAUCAAUCAAAUGCCGCUCAUACAGCAUUAAAUCUUCAAAAACAAUGUGCAGAAGGAUUGAUGUCACUUUUAAGAGAAUUUGGCAUGGCCUACCAACAUUUAACACAAUAUAAUUGUGCAGAGGCAAUUGAAAUACUGAGUAUUUUGCCUCGGCAACAUUAUCACACAGGCUGGGUGCUUUCGAUGUUGGCACGCGCUCACUUUGAAAUGAUUGAUUACAAAAAAGCCUCUAGCUAUUUCCAACAAGUGAGAAAUUUGGAACCCCAGAGGACAGAACUGAUGGAGAUUUACAGUACUGUUUUGUGGCACUUGCAUGCUGAAGUGCAACUUUCUACACUUGCUCAAGAUCUCGUUUCCGAAGAUAGACAUUCUCCGGCUGCUUGGUGCGCUACUGGAAAUUUAUUCUCCGCACAGACGGAACAUGAGACUGCAAUUAAGUUCUUUCAAAGGGCCAUUCAGGUGGAUCCAAAUUUCCCUUACGCGUAUACCCUUCUAGGCCAUGAGUACGUGAUGACUGAGGAACUAGACAAAGCAAUAACUGCUUUUCGAAACGCCAUCAGAUUAGAUCCGAGGCAUUACAAUGCCUGGUUUGGAUUGGGAACGAUUUUCUCGAAACAGGAGCAGUACAGUUUGGCGGAGCUGCAUUUUAAGAGAGCGUUGCAAAUUAAUCCUCACAAUUCCGCGAUAAUGUGCCACAUAGGCGUCGUUCAACAUGCUUUGAAGAAGACCGAUCAGGCUUUAAAAACACUGAACACAGCAAUCGAGAAUGAUCCUGACAAUACGCUUUGUAAAUUCCAUAGAGCUAGUAUCAACUUCUCGAUCGGACGACACGCCGAGGCUCUGACAGAGUUUGAAGAAUUGAAAAAUAUCGUGCCCAAAGAGUCUCUAGUCUAUUUUUCUAUAGGAAAGGUUCAUAAAAAAUUAGGCAACACCCACCUUGCACUGAUGUACUUUAGUUGGGCGUCGGAUUUGGAUCCGAAGGGCGUCAACAGCCAAGUCAAGGAAGCCAUAAUGGGUCCUGGUCAAGGAGACGACGAGUCUCCGGCAACACAGUCAGACGAGCAAGCUCUUAAUAGUUCAACAGAGUUAGAAGGUGAAGCCAGUGGCGAGGCGAGUGGCGAAGGAAGCGGUUUGGGUGGAAACAUGACUGCUGAGAUUCACGCCGAGGACAGCGACGACAGUUUAUGAAGUUCCUCACGAUCGAGCCCGAGACAUUUAUUAAGUGAAAUAUUUACGUGUAUUAUCCUAGAUAGAGCAGUGCCGUUUAAUCGCUGAUGAUCAAUCAGAGCCAUUGAACACUCGGAACAAUCCAACACUAUUCGAAAUUCGAUAUUUGUCUUUGAGUUGUUUGGAUUCGACACUAAGGCCUAUCUAUCAUACUGCAAUUUAUUUUUCAAUGGCACUUUCCGAUGUCGAUCAAAGCGGGAACUUGAAAUAAACAUUUCGAACUAGCCUUCCGAACGUGCCCGUAAUUAGUUUCCUUUCAAUGGACGCGAUAAUUAGCAUGAGAGUUUCGGACUACUCAAUAUCGAAGAAGAAUUUAAUUUCAACUCUCUUGAUCCAAGCAUGUCUCCUGGGAUUUGAUUUUCGCCCCCCCCCCUCCCGCCCGCCCCACCCAACCCCAACCCUACCGUACGUUUUUAUACGAGUCAACUCUUGAAAUUUCUAUUUAUUCUUCGUCGUCCAUAAUUGAUUCUUUUUUUGCAGUGAACGAUUGGAAGAGUGAUUGUAAUUUUCGAGCGAAUUCACUUGUACGCGUGGAGAAAAUAGCUAGGUAAUAUAUUAUUAUAAGUAAUUAAAAAUACUACCAAGCGGAUAAGAAAGAGUCGUGUGUAAAUGUAAAUUAUUACCGUUAUUAUUAGUUCUUAUUACUUAUAAUUAUAAUGAUAAAAUAUUAUUAUAUUACUCAUAACCAUAGUAGCGAUCACGGGGCGAAUCUUGGUCAUGAGAGUGGCUGAAGAUCGAUCGUGCAAUUGUCGUCGAAGACGCGAGGAAACUUUCUCGUCACUGGCAUCUCAGAAAAGACGACUAUUUUAUAGUGUACCAUUUUAUAGUCUACCCGGAACCCAGUUACGUUCGUAGAUUAUUCCGUAAAUCCACUAUCAUAUUUCGAUUCGUUUGCAGAUCGAAAGAAACUGUAAGAAGCGCCGAAAAUUGAUGUUCGAGGCGAUCCAUAUUCAGUGGCAAUUCUGCGGAUCCAGGAAAAGAAAAUGCUGGCAACAAAAAUCUAUACUGCUUUCCUCUCGAUUACAUUCCUUGUAACUUUCUAAGCUUGAACAUUUUUUCUAAACCAGUGACACUUUCUCUACCUUUUUGAUAAAUUAUUUCGGUCUUUUCCUUUUUCUUCGCAGGAUUUCCAUGAAAUAGGGAAACUUUGUAAGUCACGGAGAUUCGAUGAGCGUGAUUUUAGAAAAGAAACUAGAGAGCUAAUUAGAAUGCAGUACCGCGUUGAAAAAAGAUUAUUGUCCAUAUUUUUAAUGUAAGAUGCAGAAGUGAUUUUCUUGUUCAAUAAUGAGACAGGUUUUUUGACUGUGUUACGAAGAUGAAAAUAAAGAAAUUGUCGAACAAGAUUAUUACGUUAGUUGAUUAGUGAGUGUUCUGAAUUAAUGAAUCGAUGGAUUUUUGUGAAAUAUAGCUUGAAAUUUGGUAUUCUGGAUUAAAAGACGAAAGUCAGUAGGUGAUAGUGGUCCCUUUUUUAAAAAAUAAUGUUGAGAUUAGUGUAGUAGUUUCAGUGUUUCUACGACCGAGACUUUAUAAAUUUAUUUUAUAGGAGUUUAUAAAAUUGAAUUGCAUUAUUGAAUGAAGCUCGUUGAAUUAUGCCGGGGCUGAAGUGGGGUGCAACAAUGAUUAAUUAAUGGCUAGCGCCCAAUGUUUUUCCUAUACAUACAAUGCUUUUAAUUGACAGCCCAAUGCUAAUGUUUAUAAAAAAAUAUAUAUUUACAGUCUCAGUAAUGUUACAAAAGCUGUCGAAUCUCUAGACUUCGGAUUUCUUAUAUUAUACACUGUGUUUCACGCGGAUGCUAUCAAUAUUAACCAAUGCUGCGAUGUACUCUUGUAAAGAGGUAUUAUACCUGUCUACUCUGUAAAAUAAAUGACGUGAAGGUACCGGAUUCAAAA